AUGAGCGCUCUCACUCGUCAAUCUUCUCGAUUACGAUCUACUCCGAUAAAGCUAAAACGUGAGGCAUCGCCGUCCUCCUCAACAUCAUCUCUAUCUCCUCCUCCGCCAGCAAAGACUCGGAAGAUCAAGCAUGAACGAUCAGAUUCAGAUACGUUGCUACCCGUAAAAGAGGAGAAUGGUACUUCACCUUCAAAGUUGAAAGAUCGAAAGCUCAAACUUCACGAGAAGAAUCACAUUGAUGGUCCAUUCCCUUCAUUUGCUCGACCGACACCUACAGAAGCUGCUGAAGCUCAUCGAAUACUGUCUUCUUUGCAUGGGGCGAAAGUCCGACCUACCCAAGUGGUCGCGUCUAAAGUUCGUGCAGGAUGUGGAGAUAGUCCAUCCGUCUUGGACGCACUAGUCAGAACUAUAUUAUCUCAAAACACAAGUGAUACAAAUUCAACCAGAGCAAAAUUGAGUAUGGAUAAAGUAUAUGGAUCAAGUGAUAAUUGGGAUAAAGUCGUCCUAGGUGGUAAAGAUAAAUUACAAGAAUCAAUAAAAUGUGGUGGACUUUCUCAAGUAAAAUCAAAAGUGAUUAUUCAGAUACUGAAUCAAUCAAAAGAGAAAUAUGGAAAAUACUCAUUAGAUCAUUUACACAAUGAAUCAACCGAAAAAGCUAUGGAAGAAUUAUUGAGUUUUGAUGGAGUUGGACCUAAAACUGCUAGUUGUGUAUUAUUAUUCUGUUUACAAAGAGAAGAUUUCGCAGUGGAUACUCAUGUUCAUAGGAUAACUGGCUUGUUAGGUUGGAGACCUAAAAAUGCGAAUAGAGAACAAACAUAUCAUCAUUUGAAUAAAAGAAUACCGGAUGAACAUAAAUAUGGUUUACAUGUAUUACUUGUUACACAUGGUAAAAAAUGCGAUGAAUGUAAAGCAGGAGGUAAAAGUACUGGUAAAUGCGAAUUGAGAAAAGCAUUCAAGAAUGAGGUGAUGAAGGGCGAAACAGAACAGAAAGUGAAGAAGGAGAUAAACGAUAAGGUGGUCAAACGUGAAAAUGGACAUGGAGUGAAGGAGGAAAAAGAUGAGAAUGUAAAGGUAGAAGUCGAAGAUGUGAAGAUAGAGGUGAACAAGCCUUGA